AUGGUGGACCAUGCGAGAUCCAUGGAGUCCCGAACGGGACGAACAAACCAACGGUACGGAUCCAAAGGCGAACGUCUGGUUGCCGGUGUGGUGCCGCUGUCCGCCGACAAAACGCUAGUCCUGCUGAUCCAAUCCGCCGGCAGCGGCAGCUGGGUGCUCCCGAAAGGAGGAUGGGAGACCGACGAGGAGAGUGCCCAGCAGGCGGCGUGUCGCGAAGCCUGGGAAGAGGCCGGGGUGAUCUGCACCGUGCACCGGGACCUGGGGUUGAUCCCGGACAUGCGGCCGUCAUCGUUACUGACGGCCCACGCGCCCAAGGCGUCCUACCACUUCUUCGAGGUUACAGUCGACCGCCAGGAGGACCAGUGGCCCGAGAUGCACAAGCGGAAACGCCAGUGGGUGUCGUAUGCGCAGGCCGCGACUGCGCUGGCCAGUCGUCCGGAGCUGCUGGAGGCGCUCAAUCGCAGUUCCAUGAGGAGGUAG